AUGGAUGACACGGGGUUGGGGAAGAAAAGUCCAGAUCUAGGGGAGUAUGACCCCCUCACACAGGCCGACAGUGACGAGAGCGAGGAUGACCUUGUGCUCAACUUGCAGCAGAAGAAUGGAGGGGUCAAAAACGGGAAGAGCCCUCUGGGAGAAGGGCCAGAACCUGACUCAGAUGCUGAGGCUGUGGGGGCUGCAAAGCCGCAUCUUUCAGAAGUCGCCACAGAGGGGUACCCCUCAGAACCUCUUGGGGGCCUGGAGCAGAAGGCAACCUCUUCCAUCGUGUCUUACGUACGCACAUCUGUCUUCCUGCUAACUUUGGUCAUCUCCAUGAUCCUGGUGCUCGUAUGUGCUUUCCUGAUCCCCUGUCCCCCCAGAGAUCUGCACAGCACUUGGAGCCGCCACCUGGGCCCCCAGAGAGGUGGGGACCUGUCUCCGUUGGAAUUGGCUGAUGUGAAUGGAGAUGGCCUGCGUGAUGUACUUCUCUCCUUCGUAACUUCAAGGAAUGGGAGUGUGGUCGGUGUCUCAAGGCCAGCUGCUAUCCUUGUGUGCCUUUCGGGGAUGAAUGGCAGCACACUCUGGUUGAGUCCCCUCCCCGAGGAGGCCCGAGAUAUUACAUGUUUGGAUCUGAUACCAGGAAGCGUGGCUGAAACCAUCUGCCUCGUGACAGGGACGCAUAAGAUGUUCAGUGCGUUCAAUGCGACAUCAGGGAAAGCCAUUUGGACUUUAAACCCAAACUACUUAUCCAACGGUACCCUGGCUGCCCCAGGGGUGGUGCUGCCAGACUUGGAUGAAGAUGGUGUUCGAGAUCUUGUAGUCCUGGCCAUUGGGGAAUUGCAGCCAGAUCUGUGCUUUCUGCUGGUGUCUGGCCGGACAGGGAGUCCGGUGGGCCGACCUGUGAAGUACAACAUCGUGGGCGUGGGGAAUCUGAUUGGUCCUCAGGUUUACGUCACCACAAACGGGGCUGUCUAUAUCCUUUUUGGCUUUGGAAAUAUCCAAGCUGUCGCCCUGCGGGACAUUUUUGUUCAGGCCCAAAAUCGAGACAGCUUACCACCUUCUCUGCAGAUAGAAGAGCCAGAAUGGGAGAAGCGAAGAUCUAUCAACCUGUCUGAGCUCAUUGACAUUUACAGUGAUGGUGUCGAGCUACUCCAGAUGGUGAAGGCACCUGAUUCCAACUGCAGCAACCUCCUGAUUACAGCCAGACAAGGCCUUGUCCUGCUGCGGGGGCAAAAUCUGACACCUUCCUGGACAUUGAGCCUGCAAGGCCUGCACAGCCAGCCUACUCCUGGGUAUUUCACUGAUGAUCAGACGUUAGACUUCCUUCUACAGAUACAGGAUGGAGUUGGGAUGAAAAAGAUGAUGGUGGUGGAUGGGGACUCGGGCUCUGUUACCUGGACCUACAACGCUCCCUGCCACAUGAAGGAAACGCCAACCACCUCGGCGGUUACUUCAGAUCAGAAGUCUGUCUUCCUCUUCUGGGCCGAGGGGAUGUCGGCGGUAUCUCCCAGUUCUGACGCCAUCCCGGGAACUGGGCCACCCAGCCUUCACCACCUCUACCUCCUGCACCCAGCAUUCCCCUCUCUUCUUCUCGAUCUGGCCAAUGCCACGGGCACAGUGACGGCUUCAGAGGUUGGAAUUAACGACCUCUGGAAAGAUGCCUUUUAUGUUACCAGGACAACAGGGCCCAGCUCUGAAGGCCACCCAGCACCCCUGGUGGUCAGCAAGCUCAGUCUACGGUGGGCGCUGAUGGAAGGCCAGGUGGUCCAACUCGAGGAUACCACCCCCAAAAUUGGCCGCGGGGAGCUGCGAAGAUUCCUCUCUAGGAUAAAGUUUGUUGAUCUUCCCUACCAGGUGAAUCGCUUCUGA